GAGACCCGGAUCCUCUGCCGGCGACCUCGUGAAGUCAGGUGAGGACUGCCAUCGUCCCUGGCCCCAGAGGGCGAGUGGAGGCCCGAGGCGCAGGAGUAAAGCGACCCCAAGGAGGAGUUGCCCUGGGAAAGAGGAGACGAAUGGGAAAUGCAUUGAAAACCACUGGCUUAGCAGAGCACAGGAUUUAUUGAGGGCAUACAUUUCCUAUGAGAUACAAAUGAACUUGGUGACCUUUGAGGAUAUGGUUGUGGACUUCACUCAGGAAGAGUGGACUUUACUGGACUCAACCCAGAGAAACCUCUAUAGAGAUGUGAUGUUGGAGAACUACCAGAACCUGGCAACAUUAGGAUGUAAAAUACACCUUAAAGCAAAAGGAACAGCACUUCAGAAGGAUACUUUCUGGUCAAAUAUAUCAAAUUUACCGCAGUUGUCAGGAAGCCACAAUAGAGAGGAACUUUGUAUCUCUAAGAAAGUUGGAAACGUCUUCAGUGAAUACCCAUGCUUUCAGACACACAUGAGUACUCUAAAUACAGAAAACACAUCUGAGAAUAAUUUGUAUAGAAAAGACUUACUUCCUUUGCUCAGGAAAACCUCUACUGAAGAGGAACUUUCUUUGUUGAUUCAACAUGAAGAAGUCUCGGCUCUGAGUUCAACAGAUGUUUACCAGAGAACAUGCAUUCAAGACCAAUCCUUUGAACAAAAUGAUGGUGGAAAACCCUUUGUUAAUCAGUCACAUCUUCAGGCACAUAACAAAGCUGACAAUAGAGAAAAUCCCUAUGAAUGGGACCAAUGUGAAAAAGCUUUAAUUCAACCUACAAGUUGUUCUACUUAUGUCCAAACAUAUCCUAUAAAAGAAACCUAUGGAUUUAGAGAUUUCGUUAGAAAUCCUUUCUACCUGAAUAAUGAUAUGGGAACUCACAUGUUGGAGAAACCCCAUGAAUGUAAGGAAUGUGGAAAAGCCUUCACUACAAACUCAGGCCUUACUACACAUAUACGAAGCCACAGUAGACGGAAGGCCUAUGAGUGUAAAGAGUGUGGAAAAGUAUUUGGUAAAUCUUCAGGCCUUAUUGAGCAUAUGAGAAGUCAUACAGGAGAGAAGCCCUUUGAAUGUAACCAAUGUGGGAAGGCCUUUGCUUCUUCGUCAUAUCUAAUUGCACAUUUGAGAACACACACUGGAGAGAAUAUCUAA